ACAUCCCAUAUGCAGUUCCAGGUACAAGUUAAUGUUUGACGGAAAUGGUUGUCCGCCGACCAGAGGGAACUCUUACUUUGAAGCUGGCUGGGUGAGUGACUGGAUGAUCCUGAAGGGCUUGCCUUGCCACCAGGGAGAACUGGAGACAUCCUGCAGUGUCUGAGGAAAAAUUAGGAACAGAAAAUAAACAGUACAGAGAAAAAAGAAACAUUUUCUUUGUGACUUUUUUAAAAAAGCUCUGCUCAUGGCGACACAAAGCAGCCAACAGGAUUGUUGGGAUAUAAUUGACCACAGCCACGUUCAGGAAUUUGAAGUCGCCCAAUGGAUCAAGAUCACCCUAGCGGUCAUCUACAUCAUCAUCUUUGUGGCAGGCAUUGUGGGCAACAGUGUCACCAUCCAGACCACCAAAGUGCUGCAAAAGAAAGGCUACUUGCAGAAAGAAAUUACCGACCAUAUGGUGAGUCUGGCUUGCUCGGACCUGCUGGUCAUCUUGCUGGGGAUGCCCGUCGAGUUCUUCAGUAUGAUAUGGAGCCCUUUCUCUACCCCUCAAGGCAACCUAGCCUGUAAGCUAUACUCCUUCCUUUUUGAGGCCUGUAGCUAUGCGACGGUGCUGCAUGUAGCAACUCUAAGCUUUGAAAGGUACAUCGCCAUCUGCCACCCCUUCAAGUUUAAAGCCGCUUCUGGACCCUGCAAAGUGAAGAUCCUCAUUGCCUUCGUCUGGAUUACAUCUAUCCUAGUGGCACUACCCCUUCUGUUUGCAAUGGGCACAGAGUACCCCUUAGAAGCCAUGCAGGGCCAUCAAGGAUUGGUUGCUUGCAGUAGGCCUACAGCCCGGCACCAUAUACCUGACUUGAAGCUAAAUGUCACUAUAUGCACCAACUUGUCAUCCAGAUGGAGAGUCUUCCAGUCUGGUAUCUUCAUUGCCUUCAUUGUGUAUGUUAUAGUGUUGGUGUCUGUAGCUUUUAUGUGCCGGAAUAUGAUGAAAGCCCUGAUGAUCCACAAGCAGGGGACAUUAGCAGUGAAAGGAGAGAGAGAAAGCCAGCAUCAAUAUCUAAGGAAAACUGAGAAUCCUGAAGGCAGGAGUGCUAGGAAACAGACUAUCCUCUUUCUAGGAUUGAUUGUUGCAUCUCUGGCGAUAUGUUGGCUGCCAAAUCAAGUUCGAAGGAUCAUGGCGGCAGCUAGACCUAAGCAGGACUGGACAAUCUCCUACUUCAGAGCGUACAUCACUCUUCUCCCUAUAGCGGAUACAUUCUUCUACCUCAGUUCCGUAGUGAACCCACUCCUGUAUAAUAUCUCCUCCCAGCAGUUCCGGAAUGUAUUUCUUCAGGUCUUCCGUUGUCAUCUGACACUAGAACAUGCUAACAAACGGAAGCUUUUAAGAGCCAACUUGAAUUCUGCAGCUGGUAUUGGCCACUCCUCCUGGCGCCCAUUGACCUUCAUGUCAUCCAGGCGCAAGUCUUCUACCAAGAGCGCUAACAAGGUUUUCUUAAGUACUUUUCAGAGUGAAACCAAGCCUGACUGCAGUUUGCAGAAAUUGAGUCUUGAAUCAUUGGAGCCGAAGGUGAAAACAAUGCCACUGGAGACCUGCACAGAUCCUAGUCCUGCUAACCAGAAUGGCCUUUGUGAACAUGAACUGUGAUUCCACAUUAAAAACAAAAAACAAAACGAGAUGAUACACACUAUGCCAAAAAUGGAAAUUUUUAAAAACUGAAGGGCUUAAAACCUGCUGGUCAUACCUUCCAAGUUUAAGUGCUUGUUUCAAUAGACUAGUUUCCAAUAACAUAAAUGAAUAUGGGUUCUACUGUUGCUUUUUUUAAAAAAGUGCAUACCAGAAAGACAGACUACUCGACCUGUUCUCAGUUGCUGAACAUUUUCAAUUUAAACUCUUCUUUUAGCAGUUGGAAGCAAGCAGCAACAUUACAAUGAAUAUCAGCUGUGUCUUUGAAGGAAACAACACAGGACAAAACAACGCCAACAAAGAAAUCUUCCUUUAGAGUUCAGCAAUGUACUGGUGAUAAAAACACCAAGCCAGAGAGCAGUAUGGUUGUUAAUACACCAGCCCUGGGCAUGGUGCCAGAGUUUCCUCGCUUCUUUGGCCUCGGCCCAUUGCAGAGUGGAGUAUUGCAGCAGCUAAUACAAACAGAGUUUAUCUUUCCUGGAGUACAGAAAGUCUGGUAUCCGGCAGAGGUCAUGAGGCAAGCUGCAGAGGAUGCACAGGACUUGCGAUACAGGAUCCCUGUGACACAGAACAAAAGUUUAUUUAGACUGAUACGAACAAACAUGCUUUCUGCUGUAUGUUAGCUCUUUUUUCUAUUUAAACAGGCUGCCAAGUUUUCAGAAAUAGCGUUUCUGAUUCUCAGUGCAUUCCAAGGGAUUUAGCUCACCAUCACCUGUUGUGUUUUUAAUAGGAAAUGCAGGGCUUAAAUAAAUAGCGCUAUUCUGAAAAGCUUCCGCCCUUUUUAUCUUUGCUUUCUGUAAAACCUGGUAAUUGCAAGAUCAGUACAUUUUGGCAUAGGACACUGUAUUUAUAAAGAGGUUUUUAAACUUUAAAGUUGGGUCUAUUUAAGAGUUGAGUACUUGGUAGUUUGAUCACAUUCAAAAGGUAUGACAUGAGUUUCAGGAGACCUCGGGGGUGUUUUGUGUGUGUGUGUACUUCAGAGUUGCAAUGUGUUUAAGGAAGUUCUCCUUUGCACUGUUUCUGUGGUGGUGGGUAAACCAAACGGUGAAAAGCUCGUGGGAGAUUCAGCAUCUACAGAGCAGUACAUACAAAGACAAAGAUAAUAAAAAUUCUUUCUUUUUCCAGUCUUGUAACAAGGGUAUUGUAACAAGUUGAGUAAACAGCCAUUGGAAGACAAUGUCUUACCUUGUAAGAAUCCCUUUAGAGACGGUUCUGUACUUUUUAUUUUAUUUUAAUUGAAUGAGUACAUGCUCAUAAGACUUUAAAAUUAUUUUAAAUGUUUUGUAGAGGUUGUAAAAUAAAUCCUCAUGCUUUACUUUUUUUAAAAAAAAGUGUGAACAGUGCUUGUGUAGCUGUGCAGCCAGCUGUCAAUAACCUCAGCCUCUCUUCUUUCAUGUGAUCCCACAGAAAUUUGGCUUUGGGCUUCACACAUAAAUAAUAGAGUAAUGAAACUCUAAACCUCUGCUUCUCUUUCUCAAUGUGAGAAGGUAAAUUUCAUUGUUAAUUUAAAAUAAAUUCUUUUCCUUUUCUGAAAGAUCUACGUUGACCUUUGUCUUUACAUACUGGGAACACUGAGACUGUGUGGAGCAACUUUUCCAAAGUCUGCCCCAACUCUUACAUAUAAUAUUUUCAGUGACUUGAACCAACACAACAAUAGCCUUAUUCAGGCAUUCACUUGAAUGUGUGUGCUGCUAAAAGUGGUAAUGGGGUAGGGGCAUGUAUACCAGCUCCGCCUCCAUGUCCCUGUGCAAGCAGACUCCAUUCCAUACCUGUGUUGAGAGGUCUGAAGGGAGGUUCUAAGUAUGAAUGCACUUAGAAUCCUUCUCACGACUGAGAACCUUCUCAGUGCUCUUGAUUGUGAGGAGGGUUCUAAGUGCGAUCCGUUCACACAUGCUUAGAACCUCCCUUCAGACCUCCCCUCUCAACACAGGAAACAGAACCAGCAAGUACAGGGAUGUUGGGGGUGGGGCUUUCAUGUGUGUCUCUGCACCUUAUGUGUUGAUGGGAGGAGUCAUUUGUCUCUGAAAUAUCAUGCCUGUGGUGAUACACAACAAUUUCAUUGUCUCCUACCUAAUCCAUGGAACCCUUUUUAAGGACAAGAAAAAGGGAGCAUAACAUUUUCUGUUAUGUUCAAUUUUACUGAAGCUGGCAGUGCCUUUGAUUAAAAGCUGAAAGCUGCACUGGGCACACUAAUAAAGAAUUCCCCACCAUAUUAAAUAACCUAAGCAGUGUAUCCUAACAGGCUCAUAAUCAGGGCUGUGGAGUCGGUACAUUAAUUUUAUUUUGAAGCCAGAGUCGGUACAUUUUUACCGACUUCACCCAAAAUUGCUUCUGACUCCACGACUCCGACUCCACAGCCCUGCUCAUAAUUGGGGGGGGGGGCAAUUGUUCAAUAGAAUAAUCAGCUUCCAUAGCUUGUGGGGAAUACAGAUAUGAGGAGCUUGAACAAAAUGGAUUUUCCCCACACACAUUGCAGUUAAGACAGAUGUUGUAUAUUUAUGAUUAAAGUUUCUUGCUUUGAAAUACCAUUGGGUCUCUGGAAUUAUGUAUAUGGGUCAUAGUUACAUCUAUGAACUGAACAGUUGGACUGUUUUAUUAGUUUAAACCAUUCUUUUUGCUUCUUGUCAUACUUUAUUGGUUUACUUCAUUUACUUUCCUAGGGGUGAAUCAAGAUAUACACAUAUGCAUACACAUAAUUCUUGGUGGCUUCUUUUAUCCUAAGUACUGUAAGUUUCUUUUCUCUACUUUUUCCACCACUGAGACCGCUUCCAGACAUUUUCAUUCUAGAAUAUUUGCAACAGGUCCUGCAAUUUCCCCCCACACCUAUUAGUGAAUAAAGCCUUCUGCCUACUUGGGUUGCUUUGACAAUGAAUUGGAUUGAGACUAACUCCACUACAAAUGGAAGGGCUUCCUCUUUCCUUUCAUGGAAGAGACCGGGUUCUCGCAGAGGUUCUGGGCCACAGAGAGGAGAUUUUUGCCACCCACAUUGUUCCAGAGGAUUCUCCAAUCACCCAGAACACCUUUUCAAGGGGCAGCAGGUGGAAGAAGGAGUUGUCAGUAUCAAGGGGCAGCAGGUGGAAGAAGGAUUUGUCAGUUACUACCUCCCCUACCCCUUCUUUCACCAGGAGUGGAACUCCACUCGUCACAUGUCUGAAUCCAGCCCAGUAUUAUCAGCAUCCAUAUAAGACAUGGCCUUCUCAGAAGAUUAAUGCUUGCAUAACUGAAGUGGGCACAAUGUUUUACAGCAGGGAAGGGGAACCUGUUACCCUGUACAAGUAAUUGGACUCCAACUGCCAUCAGCGCCAACCAUCCGGGCCAAGUGGCAACAGUGAGAGCUACAGCCCAAAAAUAACUGGAGAGCCACAGGUUCCUAUACAGCAUCUGUGAAAAUUGCGGCAACCACAGCAGCAAGGGUUCUGACAUGUAAAAUAACCCAAGACCAAAAGGAAAUAAACUCACAAAAGGGCAUAUUCUGCUGUUGCCCCUGCUGUUUGGAAUGCUCUUCCCCCUCCCAUAUGGAAAGCACCAUCAGUUACCCACUUCAGAUAUCUUUUGAAGAUAUAAUUUUUUUCCAUACUUUCCCUGAUCAUUAAACUGGACCCUGCCUUUUGUAUAUUACAAUUUUCCAUUACAUUUUACUGCUGUUUUAAUGGUUGUACUAUAUAUU